AUGCCGGGGCCGGGGGUCGCUGCCGCGCUGCUGGCGCUGCUGGUGCCCGCCGCGGCGCACGGCCCCGGGGCCGCCGAGUGCCAGGUGCCGCCGGGGUUCCGCUUCGACUGCGGCCCCGAGCGGCUGCUGGGCCGGGCGGGCUGCGAGGCGCGGGGCUGCUGCUACGCGCCCGCCGGCCCCGGCCCCGGCCCGCCCUGGUGCUUCUUCCCCCGCGGCUACCGCAGCUACCGGGCGGAGAACCUGACGGCGACGAGCGGCGGCUACAGCGCCCUGCUCCGCCGCGUCGCCGCCAGCUUCCUGCCGGGGGACGUGGGCUGCCUGCGGCUGGACCUGGCGCUGGAGACCCCCACCCGCCUGCGCUUCACGCUGCGGGACGCGGCGCGGCGCCGCUACGAGGUGCCCGUGGCCACGCCGCGGACGGGCGGCCGGGCCGUCGAGCCGCUCUACGGGCUGCAGGUCAACCGGGACCCCUUCGGCCUCGUCGUGUACCGGCAGCGCGGCGGCCAGGUGCUGCUGAACACCACCGUCGCACCCCUGUUCUUCGCAGACCAGUUCCUGCAGAUCUCCACCUCCUUGCCCUCCCAGUUCAUUUCUGGGCUGGGGGAGCACCUGACACCGCUGGUCCUUGACACGCUGUGGACCAGAGUCACCCUCUGGAACAGGGACAUGGCACCCAUGCCCCAGGUCAACCUCUACGGCUCCCACCCUUUCUACCUGGGGAUGGAGGACGAUGGUUCAGCCCACGGUGUCUUUCUGCUGAACAGCAACGCGAUGGACGUGCUCCUGCAGCCCAUGCCAGCCCUGACCUGGCGCACGACGGGCGGGAUCUUGGACUUCUACAUCUUCCUGGGCCCCGACCCCAAGAGCGUGGUGCGGCAGUACCUGGACGUCGUUGGGUUCCCCUUCAUGCCCCCAUACUGGGGCCUGGGCUUCCACCUCUGCCGCUGGGGCUACUCCUCCACCGACAUCACCCGGCAGGCCGUGGCCAACAUGACGGCAGCCCGCAUGCCCCUGGACGUGCAGUGGAACGACCUGGAUUACGCAGAUGCCAAGAGGGAUUUCACCUUCAACAAGGAGAGGUUUAAGGACUACCCAGAGAUGGUGCAGGACUUCCACCGCCGCGGGCUGAGGUACAUCAUGAUCGUGGAUCCCGGGAUCAGCAGCUCGGGACCCCCUGGCACCUACAGGCCCUACGACGAGGGGCUGAAGCGAGGGGUGUUCAUCCGGAAUGCCACCGGGCAGCCCCUGAUCGGGAAGGUCUGGCCAGGCCCAACAGCCUUCCCGGACUUCACCAACCCAGAGACUCACGAGUGGUGGCACGACAUGGUGAAGGGCUUCCAUGACCAAGUGCCCUUCGAUGGCAUGUGGAUUGACAUGAACGAGCCAUCAAACUUUGUGGAGGGCUCUCAGGACGGCUGCCCCAGCAACAGCCUGGAGCAGCCCCCCUAUGUGCCAGGGGUGUUUGGAGGACGCCUCCAAGCAGGGACCAUCUGUGCCUCCAGCCAGCAGUACCUGUCCUCCCACUACAACCUGCACAGCCUGUACGGGCUGACCCAGGCCAUCGCCUCCCACGAGGCCCUGCUGAGGAUCCGGGGCAAACGUCCCUUCAUCAUCUCACGCUCCACGUUCUCUGGGCACGGGCGCUACGCGGGGCACUGGACGGGGGAUGUCGGCAGCGACUGGCAGCAGCUCUACUACUCCCUGCCAGAGGUGCUGCUCUUCAACCUGUUCGGGGUGCCGCUGGUGGGUGCCGACGUCUGCGGCUUCGCGGGCGACACGACCGAGGAGCUGUGUGUGCGCUGGACGCAGCUGGGCGCCUUCUACCCCUUCAUGAGGAACCACAACGACCACGGUGCCCGGCCCCAGGAGCCGUACGCCUUCAGCCCGGCUGCCCAGGCUGCCAUGAGGAACGUCCUGCGCCUGCGCUACUCGCUCCUGCCCUUCCUCUACACCCUGUUCCACCGGGCUCACUCCGCCGGGGACACGGUGGCGCGGCCCCUCUUCCUCGAGUUCCCCAAGGACCCCAACACGUGGGCUGUGGACCGCCAGCUCAUGUGGGGCGGGGGGCUGCUCAUCACACCCGUGCUGGAGGCAGGAAAGACCAAAGUCAGCGGCUACUUCCCGGCAGGGACGUGGUACAGCCUGGCAGGGGGCUCCACCAUCCACAGCAAAGGGCAGUGGAUCCUCCUGCCAGCGCCCCUGGACACCAUCAACGUCCACGUCCGUGCGGGACACAUCCUGCCGCUGCAGGAGCCUGCCCUCAGCACCACGGAGUCCCGCAGGAAGGGCAUGGCCUUGGUGGUGGCACUGACACCGGACGGCUUCGCCAGGGGAGACCUGUUCUGGGACGAUGGGGAGAGCUGGCAGAGCUUUGAGAGGGGCGACUACACAGAGAUCCUGUUCCUGGCCACGCCGGGUGCUGUGCUCAGCCAGCUCCUGCGGGCCAGUGCCCACCUGGAUGGGGUCCUGCUGGAGUCUGUGACGGUGCUGGGCAUCACCAGCCCUCCCCGGCAAGUCCUGGCCAACGGUGCCAUUGUGAGCGACUUCUCCUACCGCAGCGACAGGCAGAUGCUGACAGUCCCUGUGUCGCUGCCCAUGUGGGAGCAGUUUGUGAUCACUUGGUCCUGAGGCCACGCUGCUCCCCACGGCCCUGGGGCUGAAUCCCUCCCGUCCUUCAUAAACCCAGAGCUGCUGCUGCUCUUCCCAAAUGCAGCUCCUGGGCCUUGGCUUCCCUUCAGGCUGACAGGAGCUCGCUGCAGGUGUGUGCACUGGCCUUGGUGGGGGGGCUUGCACAACCCCUGGGGACAGGAAAACCCUCAACUCCAAAAUGAGGGGAAAAACCACUCAUGUGCCUUGUGAGACAGGAAAGGUGCUCACAGGUUCUGCUGAACUGCUACUGGUAACCGGUGAAAGGUCUGCAGGGGGGUGUCCUGGCUGUGGUUUUGGGGAGGGGGAUCCUUGCAGGGGAUGAGGGAGCAGGUGAAUA